GCAAAAGGAAGAGGGACAAGAGGGGGAGUGAUGAACAUCAGAGCCACACUAGAAGAGUUCUGGGGGAAGGGAGAGGAGUUAAGUGGGGCUCAAUACUAACAGCCUGCUGUAGGACUUAACGUUGGACUUUAUUUCCAUCAGAUGAAAACAGAUGUUGUCUUGUUUCCCACCCCUUCAUGCAACUAAUGGUUCUGUGCAGAAACAUGGUUUGGAUGGAGUAUGGCAAACUUCCCAAUUCAAGAGUCAGCUUGGUCCUUGAAAGAACUUCUGUGGUGCUUGCUUUUUAGGAUGAACAGAGAAAUGAAAUUCCUGAUGCCGAUAUUGUCUUUCCAUCUCUGAGUCAUCUGACGUCAUCAACGACACACACACCAGCUGACCAUCAUGAAUGACUCAGCCCCACCACUCACCAACAACACCCCACUCUGCUACAGUAUCAACAGCCCUCCAUUCAAGUACCAACACACCAUUGCCUCGGCCUACUUCUCAAUCAUCUUCGCCACUCUGGGUCUCACCUCCAAUCUCAUCGCCUUCAUAGUACUCGCCAAGUCCUUUAAGCGGAUACAUAGCCGCUCACGCUCCUUUUUCAUGAUCUUCCUGGGUGGUCUGGUGGUCACUGACUUUGUCGGGCUUCUGGUCACAGGUUCCAUCGUGGUCUCCUACCAUGUUACACACUUUAAUUGGCGCCAGUUAGAUCCAAACUGCCACUUCUGCAACUUCAUGGGUAUGUCCAUGGUCUUCUAUGGACUGUGCCCCCUGCUGCUUGGUGCCGCCAUGGCUCUGGAGCGCUUCAUUGGCAUCAACUGUCCAUUUGCACAUUCCACUAGCAUGCCAAAGAGACGGACAGUUUCCAUGGUGCUAAUGGUGUGGUUGAUUGCUGGCUUCAUAGCUUUGCUGCCUCUAACAGGCAUUGGGAGCUACCACAUGCAGAUGCCCGGCUCCUGGUGCUUUUUCAACAUCAGCUCUGAGGGAAAUGACCGUGCUUUCUCCCUGAUCUUCUCCCUGGUCGGGUUGUUCUGCAUCGCUUUGUCAUUUUUGCUGAACACAGUAAGCAUUGUGACCCUGAUCAAGGUGUGCUGCGGAGAGAACAGGACCCAGCGCCGCAGAGAUCAUGAAGUAGAGAUGAUGGUUCAGCUCAUCCUCAUCAUGGUCAUCACUUCUGUCUGCUGGUGCCCCCUCCUGGUCUUUAUUGCGCAAACUGCACUGUUCGGAGGUCCUCUCCAGGUGAAAUACCUACUGCUUUGGAUACGCUUCGUCACCUGGAACCAGAUCCUGGAUCCGUGGGUAUACAUCCUAUUUCGCAGGGCGGUUCUUAAGAGAAUCUACCCCCGCUUUAACUGGUCUCAGGGCUCUACCAUGAGCUUGUAUCCGUCUUUCAGCAGCAAGGUCAGGAGGUUCACAAGGUCUUCAUUUGGGAGUACCCAGGACACAGAUGAAACAUUAGAGACUGGGGAAUCAAGUGCAACAGCCAACACUACAUUGAAGACACCAUCUCCUUCUACAUGAUUGCUUGGAUUUGAGUUGUUGCAGCAGACUAAAUGAUGUCAUUGGUCUUGUAGUAUGUUUUUGAAUGUGUUUUCUAGCUGUGAUGAGUAUUCAUAUCAACUGUGACCAGUAUACAAAGUAGGAUUGCACCAAUAAAACGGUUCAUUUUAUACCUUUGCUUUUGAAAUAUUAAGCAGUAAUAGCAAUGAAACUUUAAUUUACAGAAAAGUGUAAAGGGAGAACAGGUACUGAUUGAACACAUGCUAUGGAUCAAACCUGCGAUGUAUUCAUAAAUACACUCCCUUUGUUCACAUUUUGUCUGCCAAAACCGAUUUAAGCUAUUCACAUACACUGCUCGUUCUAGAUGUACUGUUCUUUUCAAGUACUUCAAUGUUUUUUGAGUCUUGGACAUUCAAAUAAUGAUUUCAAGGUCCAGUGAGUGGGAUUAAGUGUAAUCUAAGGGUGUGGUUGCUGUUUGCAGUCAACUGAACAUCCCUCUUCUGUGUUUGGUUUAACCACUACAGAAACAUAGCACUGCAACAUGGAGGGACUCCCUUGGUAAUUCCUAACUGUGACAUCAAAACUUUUUAUUUUAUUUUAACCCAAACCAUUAUCUUUUCCUAAACCUAACCAAUUCUAAUUGUGUUGCCUAAAACAAACCAGUCUGUGACAUUAAACUGAAAUUGUUUAACAAAAUAAACACACACACAUAAUAAUUCAUUUACUAAGUCGAAAAUAAAAAGUCAGGGAAGACUUCUGACCUGAGCAGUAUGGUGGUUACUACUGUUGCCACACAGCAAGAAGAUUCCACAUUCGAAUCCCAAUCCCUGGGGCCUUCUGCGCAGAGUUUGCAUGUUCUCCCUGUGCCUAUGUGGGUUUUCUCCAGGAAAUCCGGCUUCCUCCCACAGUCCCAAAACAUGUAUGUUUGGUUAACUGGUUGCUCUCUCAUAGGUGAAAGAACAAAUAUACAAAUGAUAGGGAAAUAACAUGCAUGCAGAGCAGGGACUGAAAUCUUCAUGGAACUCACAGAAGCAUGUGGUGCCACCUCCUGCAAAAGCAGUCCCAUUUGAUUGGAAUACCAUGUCAGAGAUGUGCUUAAAAGUGAAAAUGAUUAGACUAAAAUUAAAUAUUGCUUAGACAACCUUAUGCCUCCUAUACAGUUUCCAUUUCAAGAGUUCACAUAACGUGUUACAAUCCAUGUAUUUGAGUGUGAACUGUUUUGAUGAUGCAUGUGAGUCAAACCAAACUUUUCAAACCUUGAAAUUAUCAACUUUUUUCAGAAUCCCUGAUUGAAAUUCUGUUGUUCGGUCCUCAUGUUUGCCAAUAUUAGAUAAAUAAAGAGAAAUAAUGAGACUGCGAUAAUUGUAAUGAAUUAAGUUGUGAAUAUGGACACAGACGGCUUGUUUUUUUGCUGUUCAGAAAUGUGGCCAAAAAUGUAACAGUAACAGUAUUUAACUGAGAUGUAUUACAUUGCAUGAAACAUCAUAGUCUUUACAUAAAUGGUUGAAAUUCAUCACAGUUACACUAUAGAGACAAAAGUAUCAGGAAAGAGAUUUUUGAGUGUUUCUUUCUUUGCCCAUUCAUGCAGUAGAGCAUUUGUGAGGUCAGGUGCUGAUGUUGGGCAAAAAGACCUGGCUUGCAGUCUGUAUUCCAGUUCCAGCUGAGGUCAGGGCUCUGUGUAGGCCAGUCAAGUUCUUCCACACCAAAGUCAUCCAACCAUGUCUUUAUGGACCUUGCUUUGUGCACUGGGGCACAGUCAUGCUGAAAUAGAAAAGGGCCUUCCUCAAACUGUUGCCACAAAGUUGGAAGCGUAGCAUUAUCCGAAAUGUCUUCUUAUGCUGAAGCAAUAAGAUUUCCCUUCACUGGAAGUAAGGGGCCAAGCUCAACCCCUGACAAACAGCCCCAUACCACUACUGAAUUCAAUGAUAAAGAGAGUGUCCCAAUACUUUUGUACAUAUAGUAUAGUAUAUGUAAAACAGUGCCUGACAUAUGCCAUUUUGGUAUUACUGAUAGAAGAUCUAAGAAAGUGUAAUUACCGUCAAAUCAAAAUACCUUUUACUAUCUUCUGUCUUUUAAUUAUACUUGUAUUAUAUAAAUGAAGAAGAUCAUUGCAGGAAUACAUUGCAUGAUAAGUAAUGUUUUCCCUUAAUUUCAAACACUCCAAUCUUACACUGUCAGAAUACCCAAAAACAAAACAAUUUUCUCAUUUACAACUACUGGUGUCUGGCCAUGAAGAUAGCUUUAGAUUAAAUUGCCCAAAUUUUGAGAGGUAAAAUUCAGAGUUGUUGGAUGAUUCAAAUUCAGUGUGGUGAUACAUGCUAAGUGUCACAGACAAAUAUAACAUUAUAAAUAUAAUACAUGACUCAAACAAUCCUUUCUUUCUCUGUGUGAUUACUCAGUCACCCAGCUAAUUUCACACAUAAUUUGUUGUCAUUGUUUUAUCAUUCAUAUAUGUCAGACUCUCAAUUACCAAAUAAACCACUGAACCAGUCACUUAUAAUGGUGGAAAUGUUCCUCAUUUUGACUUGUUUACAGUGAGAUUUCAUUACAAAUGAAGUGUAAAUGUUGGAAGGUGCUUGUCAGAAAUGUGAUUGUACAUAAAAUUAAAGGCUUUAGUAAAAA